AUGAAGGGGGUCAUACGAAUUAAGGCGAAAAGAGAGAAGGGAAAAGCGGAGGAGAACAAUGAAGACAACGUCGAGGUGGACGAUACGAUAGAGGGAAAUCCUGCAGAUGCCAAAGGGGAGGGUCAACCAGGACACAGGGUGAAGGAGAGCAGGGAACGAAAGGAAAUCCAUGAGGUUAAGGGAGUCAGGGAAGUUAUGGAAAUCAAGAGAAUAAAGGGUACCAAACAGGACCCGCUUAUCCUUGGGCAAAAGGACCAAGGGGGGAGCGACGAAAAUUUUAAAAUAAAGAUCGGCGAAUCGGAUGAUGAGAUAAGCAGCAUCGCCCAUGUAGGCGACUUAAAUGAGUAUAAAAAUGUGAGUGAAGGGAGCCUUAGGGGGAGCGCCUCUCUGGGGAAGAAUGUAAAAAAACAGGAUAACAUCGGGGAGGGCUACGGCUUGGGCUUGGCGCUAGGCAUCCACCACGCCGAAGCGGUUAACCAGGUCGAAGCUGUUAAGCAUCCGUUCGGCCAAUUUAGGGAGAAUAAACCAAACGGUAGGGUGCAUGAGGGGGUAAAGAGCGAAGCAGUGGAUGGUGGCCCCAUCUGUUCUGACGCCCCUAUCCGUUUUGAUGGCCCUAAGUCUCUCCCGAAGAGAAGCAAAAACACAGAAAAGGACAACUUCUCCGAACUUGUCGUAAAAAGUAGGGAACAUAACAAAAAGAUAUAUGAAGAAUCGAAGGAUAUAAAAAAUUUGACCGAAAAAUGGAAGCUGCUGCCAGCAUACUUAAAGGUGAAGGGGUUGGUUAAGCAGCACAUCGAGUCAUACAACUAUUUCAUAAAGCAAGAAAUAAAAACAAUAAUGAAUGCAACCACAAAUAAGAUUUUAAAAUCGGAUAUAGACGAGCAUUUCUAUGUCGAGUUUUUAGAUAUAUUUGUAGGGAGACCGUCAGUUGAAGAAAAUAUGAUAGAAACCAAUUUGACUCCACAGAUAUGUCGGCAAAGAGACCUAACCUAUUCGGCUCCCAUCUAUGUAGAUGUGGAAUAUGUAAAAGGUAGCAACAUAAUUAGAAAGAACAAUGUGGAGAUUGGGAGACUGCCCGUGAUGCUGAGAAGUGACAUAUGUAUUCUAAAUAACAAGACUGAAGAGGAGCUGAUGAAAUUGGGUGAGUGUCCAUAUGACCCUGGGGGGUAUUUCAUCGUUAAAGGAACCGAAAGGGUUCUUCUAAUGCAGGAGCAGCUGUCAAAAAAUAGAAUCAUAGUCGAGAUGGACAUAAAACAUAAUAUCUGCGCAACGAUCACCUCUACGACAGCGGAAUCGAAAAGUAGAUGUGUCAUCGUUUAUAAGAAUAAUAAGCUGUACCUAAAGCAUAACUCUUUCAUUGAGGACAUCGGGGUGUGUAUUAUCCUUAGAGCCAUGGGGUACGAGAGUGACCAGGAAAUAUUUCAAAUGAUAGGAUCGCACCGAAAUUACCACAACGGAAUUUUGCUCUCCCUGUACGAGUUGUACAGCGAAAAUAUAAAGACAAAUUUAGAUGCACUGCUCUACAUAGGGAAAAAAAUUAGGCCCAGGCUUCUAGCCAAGGGGUUCUUCAGUUCCAUGAAGGAGAAGCAAGUAAAAAAUGAAAAGGACAUCAUCGAAGAAGGAUUGGAUUUUCUAAGCAGAGUUCUUCUAUCUCACAUACAGCAGAAGAAUAAAUAUGAUUUUAGAAACAAAGCGAGAUGCAUCUGUCUCAUGAUCAGACGGGUUCUAGAUAGCGCAAAUAAUAAGAACGAAUUAGAUGAUAAAGACUAUUAUGGUAACAAAAGGUUGGAGCUAGCUGGGCAGCUAAUAUCUCUGCUGUUCGAAGAUCUAUACAAACGAUUUUAUUUCACCUUAAAGAAGCAGAUAGAUCAGACGCUGAGCAAAUAUAUGCAAAGUAAUUACACGUCCAAGUCCAAGUACAGUGGGAAUAUAAAUGAAACUUACCCGGAUGUGUUUCGAAGCCUACCAAAGGAUAUCAUUACAAGGGGGAUGCAGGCGGCCAUUUCGACGGGAAAUUGGAACAUUAAAAGGUUUAAGAUGGAGAAAAGUGGAGUGUCACAGGUAUUGUCCCGUUUAUCCUUCAUUGCAUGCAUCGGAAUGAUGACCAGAUUGAAUUCCCAGUUCGAAAAGGGUAGAAAGGUUAGUGGGCCAAGAGCAUUGCAACCAUCCCAGUGGGGAGUCCUAUGCCCAUGUGACACUCCAGAAGGGGAAUCGUGUGGACUGGUAAAAAAUUUAGCACUCAUGACACAUGUCACGAAUGACAAUGAAAAUAAUGAACACCUAAUCGAAAUAUUAUACACCCUGGGGGUAGAAGACAGUGACAGCUUAACAGGAGAGGAAUUGUACAAAGAGGGGAUCUUUUUCGUCAUUUUUAAUGGGAUACUUCUAGGCGUGCAUAAGAAGCCACGCAUAUUUAUGAGGAGAAUUAGGUGCUUAAGAAGAUAUGGCAAAAUUGGCCAAUUCGUUUCUAUAUAUGAUAAUUUUUUGCACAAAGCUAUUUACAUUUCUACCGAUGGUGGGAGGUUGUGCAGACCAUUGAUAAUUGUAGAAAAUGGGAAGUCCAAAUUAUGCCAGGAGCAUAUUGUAUCACUAGAAAAUGGGACCAUUAACUUUUUUGAUUUACUUAAAAGUUCCGUCAUCGAGUGGAUAGACGUGAAUGAACAGAACAAUCUGCUUAUCGCGCUAAAGGAGUCAGACAUUUCUAUUAAUACAACUCAUUUGGAGAUAGACCCUCUGACAAUAUUGGGGGUGGUAGCUGGGCUGAUUCCCUAUCCAAACCAUAAUCAGAGCCCGAGGAACACAUACCAAUGUGCAAUGGGGAAGCAAGCCAUUGGAGCCAUUGGAUAUAAUCAGUUCGUCCGUUGCGACACUUUGCUGUAUUUGCUCGUGUACCCCCAGAAACCGCUAGUAAAAUCCAAGACCAUCGAAUUUAUUAACUUUGAAAAGUUGCCCGCUGGACAGAAUGCCAUCGUGGCCGUUAUGAGUUUCUGUGGGUACGACAUUGAGGACGCGAUCGUCAUGAACAAAUCCUCCAUCGAUCGGGGAUUCGGACGGUGUAUGUCUCUGAGGAAGCAUGCCGUGGAGUUGAAGAACUACUUUAACGGGUCCAACGACCUGGUCCUGCCCUCUCCCCUGGCCAUCAGCAAGCUGCAGCAGCGGCAGGAGAAGCAGCGACAAGAGAGGCAGCGCCUGGAGAAACAGCCACAGGAGAAGCAACGCCAAGAGAAGGAACACCAGCUUGCCGCACCGGGACAACACGUAAAGCAAGAAAGAGACCACGUAGAAAACGGCGCAGGCACCAACGUGGAUGAGCCGAAAAGGUUCCAGAAUAAAGAAAUUAAAAAAUAUCACGCGCUCGAUGUGGACGGAGUAGUCUCCAUUGGCUAUCUGCUAAAAGAAGGACAAGUCUACAUAAAUAAAUACUCACCAAGAAAUGUCAAAGAUCACGUGAAGGAUAUCAGUAAAAUCGAUUUAAAUGAUUUAAAGUUGAAUGAAGUUAAAUAUAAAAGUGUGUACCCAUCUUACAUUGACAAAAUUAUUUUUACAGAGAACGCAGAAGGGUUAAAAAUCUACAAAAUUAUUAUGCGUCAAACGAGACUGCCCGAAUUGGGGGAUAAAUUUAGCUCAAGGCAUGGUCAGAAGGGAGUCGUCGGCUUGCUAGUUAAUCAGGAAGAUAUGCCAUUUACUGAAUCGGGUAUAUGUCCAGAUCUGAUUAUGAACCCACAUGGAUUUCCAUCGCGUAUGACGGUGGGGAAGCUCCUCGAACUUGUUGCCUCCAAGUCAGCAGUGCUAGAUGGAGAAUUAAAAUACGGAUCCAUUUUUAGUGGCACCCCCUUUGAGGAAAUUGCGUCCAUUUUGUUUAAAUAUGGUUUCAACUGCUCCAGUAAAGAAUUGCUGUACUCAGGAUUGACAGGGGAACCGUUAGAAACGUAUAUCUUUAUGGGACCCAUUUAUUAUCAAAAGUUAAAGCACAUGGUACAGGAUAAAAUCCACGCUAGGGCUAGAGGACCAAGACAGUUGCUAACUAGACAGCCAACUGAAGGGAGGUCCAAAGAAGGAGGAUUACGGUUAGGUGAAAUGGAAAGAGAUUGCUUAAUAGCCUAUGGUGUUAGUAAUUUGUUACUUGAGCGAUUAAUGUUAAGUAGUGAUGUGUGUGAUGUGUACAUCUGUGAAGAUUGUGGUAUGAUGGGUUACGACACAUACUGCACCUUCUGUCAGAAAUGCGACAAAAAUGCUCUUGUUAAGAUGCCCUAUGCGUGCAAAUUGCUCUUCCAGGAGCUGCAGACAAUGAAUGUCUUCCCCAAAAUUGUGGUGAAGGAGACGUAG